AUGGUAUUCAACCCAUCCAACCCUACAAAGUCCCUUCCCACACCCGAGUACACGCCCGUCAACACCCCGGCUUCAUCCCCUAUUCAAAGCACUUUCGAUGUUCCUCUUAUCAUCGGUAUAACCGGCUCGGCAGGUUUAGUAGGUACCGAUUUGGUUCACCUCGCUCUCAGACAGGGUCAUACAGUUCUAGCUAUGGAUAUAGUAUCUCCUGAAGAUAAUGAAAAUGUUAAAUUACCCAAAGAUUUAGAAGAUUAUGCUAAAAGCCGAUAUACAUAUAAGCAGAUUUCAGCAUUGGAUUACGAAGGUUAUAAAAACGCUUGUGAGAGUGCAAGAUGUAAUGCUUUGGUGCAUUUGGCGAUGAUUCCUAAUGGGGCAGAUGUAGAUGGGAGGUUUGGGAUCGGCAAACCACAGUAUGAAGUCCACAACUCCAACGUGGCAAUGUCAUGUAACACCCUUUCGAUCGCUGCUGAGCUAGGGAUCAACCGAGUGGUUUUAGCAUCUAGUGUAAACGCUGUUGGGAUGUUAUUCUCCCACAGACCUACUUUCGAUUAUCUGCCAAUAGACGAGAAACACCCUUGUAGACCUGAAGAUGCAUAUUCGAUGAGUAAAUACUUCUGCGAACUCCAAUCCGACUCAUACGUCCGUCGUUACCCCUCUCUCCGAGUCGCCUCACUCCGAUUCCACGGUGUCGUCCGAGAAUGCGAUGUCAGCAGGAAAUCAUUAGACGAACUAGCUGGAUCAUGGAAAGAUCUAUGGGGAUGGGUAUCUUCACCUGCUGUCUCACGGGCAUGUCUCCUAGGCUUGACUUCAUCAACGAGAUAUUUCCCAGAGGGAACACAUGAGACGUUCUUCAUCGUUGCUCCUACUUCAUGUCAACAGACUUCUACUUUAAAUCUACUUAAUGAACAUUAUCCGGAAAUAAGUAAGGAGAAUAGAUUGAGGAAGAGUAUCAGGGGAAAUGAAGGGCUGUUUGAUUGUGGAAAAGCGAAGAGGAUGCUGGGUUGGGAAGAAUAUGGUUUUUGGUAUGAGGAAUGA